GAGCAUGAACAUAAAAUCAAGAAAAUUGACAUCAGUUCUACAAACCCUGUUAAAUACUUUUAUAUGAAGGAUUUGUGCUUCAGGUCUGAUGAGUAAAAGUGUUAAAACCAGUUAAAUAUCAUUUAUUACAUGAUAAAAGUGAGUUGUGUUGUCCACAGUGUGACUCGGUUCAGGGUUUGGAGUUUUGUUUGGAUCACACACAAACAGGAACUCAGACUUUGUCUGUUUUAACAAUAGAAAACCCUCCAUCAUCCUCUGAUUAAAGGCUGCAAUUAUCUCAGGUCAUGUGUCAUGUGUUUGACGUUGAUGCAGGUGUUUGACACUGAAAACUGCCUCAUCACCCAUGUUGACUUUGUGCAUCAGCUGCAGGACGACAAUAGAGCGAAGAGCGCCUGUUCUCCAUCUGUGACAGCCCAUUAACAUGACUUAAUGAUGUCUGAUUAUUCUGCUGCUCUUAAAAGACUUUGUUCACACUGAGCUGAAGGGAAACAGUCAUGUCAUUGCUCCGGACUGUCGCCGUCUUCACUUUCAUCGUUGGUGUUUCCUCCAGCGAGUCAUCAAACUGCUCAUACCUGGCACUUUGGAAUCAUUUAAGACUCACAACGUCCAACGACUUUCUGGCCACGGUGCGUCCUGUUAAAAACUGGACAAAACCCACUGAGGUCUGGAUCGACCUGAUGUUAUAUGGUAUUUUAGACGUGGAUGAAAAGACUCAGACCAUUGUUGGCAACAUCUGGACCAAAGUGAUCUGGAAUAAUGAGUUCCUCACCUGGAAUCCGAUGCUUUUCUGUGAGAUCGACUUGAUAACGGUACCAAGGUCAUUGCUCUGGAUCCCGGACCUGGUCAUCCAAGAGGAUGCUUCAGACACUGGCAGUCUGCAGAUGAGCCCCUUCGUUAGUUUAGUUCCUGCGGGUUUAUUGUACACCACCUUUCGUCAGCGGCUGACCUUCACCUGCCAGUUAAACCUGUCCUUGUUUCCCUUUGAUUCUCAAACCUGUAACAUCACGUUUUCAUCCAUGGUCCACAGCGCCCGCAGUAUGAUACUGAAAGCGCUUAAAAAUGACACACAACUUAACAAUUUCACUGAUCGGGUGAUGAAAACAAGGGGAGAAUGGGAACUCAAGAGCAUAAAGACGUGGCAUUAUUAUUCUGCUGAAAAAAAAUGGCCUGAGAGCAAUGUUUUAUUCUUGGUGAAGAUCGUGCGGAGGCCGAUGCUUUAUCUGAUUAACUUCAUCAUUCCUCUGUUGUACUUCAUCAUCCUGGAUUUGGCCUCGUUCUUCAUCGACGAAGCUGGAGGUGAAAAGCUGAGCUUCAAAGUGACCGUGCUCCUCUCCAUCUCCGUCUUACUGCUGAUCCUCAAGGACAUGCUGCCGUCCACCGAAGACAACCUACCUCUGAUCGCCAGUUACUGUGUUGGAAUCUUCGCAAUGGUGGGGAUCAGUGUCCUGGAGACCAUGUUGGUCAGUUUCCUCAUCAGUUUGGACAAUGAACAAGACAAAGAUGCAAAUAGUUCUGGAGACGCUGGCGUGGACAUUCAGCUGGAGGUCAAACAUGAUGAAGUGACCGAUGAUGUAAAUUCAGAGAACUGUUCUCCGCCGUUGAACCGCCACGGAGAUCGCACCCUGCUGAGACGAAUCCAGGAGGAGCUGAAGGCGCUUCGACGGGAGACUAGAGCAAGAGGUGAAGGCAGGAGGAAGCCUGGCUGCUUCAGAAGGAUAGCUCACGUCAUCGACUGUCUGUUCUUCAUCCUUUACUUCUUAGCCGUCGUCAUUUUUCUGUUAUUCAUGUAUGUGAAGUGGAUAGAAGCUUAUAUACAGAAUGAGAAGGAUGAGCGCUGAUUCACUCCUCUUCCUUAUGACAGGCUUUACAUCUGCAUGUUUUCUACAUUUCCUCUUAUUGAAUUCCUGUUUUAUCCCCAUUUUAUUCCUGUAACACGAGACAACAACCUACAUACAAAGCAUGAAAACUGGUACUGUUGU